AUGGGAAGUGGACAUUUCCCGGAAGAAGGUCUUGGGAGAGCAAGUUACAUGAGACAGCUUCAAUUAUUCAACAAGAGUUUAUAUUCAAGAAGGGUUGACUCUCUUAAGAUAACUGCUCCAACACCAAAUUGCUACAACAUAAUGUUGGCACACAACAAAAAUUGGGGAGAUUUUAUUUUAUAUGGAGGUCCAGGAAGAAACCCUAACUGCCCAUGA